AUGGCGGAGGAGAAGCAAAGCGAGGAGAGCGUGAAGCUGUUCGUUGGUCAAGUGCCAAAGCACAUGAUUGAAGAUCAGAUUCUGGCAUUGUUCCAAGAGUUCGCGCUUGUAGACGAAGUCAACAUAAUUAAGGAUAAGACUACGCGUACUUCUCGAGGAUGUUGUUUUGUGAUUUGUCCGUCGAGGGAAGAAGCUGACAAGGCAGUGAAUGCAUGUCACAACAAGAAGACACUUCCUGGGGCAUCUAGUCCGUUGCAAGUGAAGUACGCUGAUGGCGAGUUGGAAAGGCUAGAGCACAAACUCUUUGUUGGCAUGCUUCCAAAAAAUGUAUCCGAUGCUGAGGUCUCUGCUUUAUUUUCGGAAUAUGGAACCAUAAAGGACUUGCAAAUUCUGAGAGGUUCUCAGCAAACAAGCAAAGGUUGUGCUUUUCUGAAGUUUGAAAUGAAAGAACAAGCGCUUGCGGCCAUUGAAGCCCUUAAUGGGAAGCAUAAGAUGGAGGGUUCAACCGUCCCUUUGGUGGUCAAGUGGGCGGAUACAGAAAAGGAAAGGCAAGCUAGGAAGGCUCAGAAAGCUCUAUCGCAAGUGUCUAGUGUGCCAAAUGCUAACUCAAGACAGCAUACAUCUUUAUUUGGUGCUUUACCCAUGGGUUAUAUGUCCCCGUAUAAUGGAUAUGGGUAUCAGACUCCGGGGGCUUAUGGGCUCUUGCAGUAUCGCCUACCACCGGUGCAGAAUCAACAUGCCUUUCACAAUCUAAUUCCACCUAUAAACCAAGGCAAUGCUAUGCGUGGUGUCACUCCUGAUCUUUCAUCUGGAAUGGCCCCAAGAAAUUAUACCAUGUCCCCUACAAGUUUUCUGGGAUCUCCCUACCAAGCUUUGCCGGGCAUUCAAUAUCCCAUGCCAUAUGGAGGAAUCACAAGUAACAGGCCUAUCUCGGUAUCCCCUGGUUCUAUAUCUCCUCCUGCAAACAGUCAAUCUGCAGCAUCUUCAAGUGUCAAUACAAGUUCUGGGGGUCAGGUUGAAGGUCCACCCGGAGCUAAUUUAUUUAUUUACCAUAUUCCUCAAGAAUUUGGUGACGAAGAGCUUGCAAACGCUUUUCAGCGAUUUGGUAGGAUCUUGAGUGCCAAGGUUUUCGUUGACAGAGCAACUGGUGUCAGCAAAUGUUUUGGAUUUGUCAGCUACGAUUCCCCGUCAGCUGCACAGAAUGCAAUAAAUAUGAUGAAUGGCUGCCAAUUAGGUGGUAAAAAAUUGAAGGUUGAGUUUCUGUUACGAAGAGAAGGGAACUCAGCUGAAUUGAGGGAAGAACAAGAAGAAGAGGAAUCCCAGAAACAGCCCAAAGCACCAAAAAAAGACUAUCUUGAUGCCCACAAUGCAGCACGUGCCCAGGUGGGAGUUGGACCCAUGACAUGGGACGAUAAUGUAGCAGCUUUCGCACAAACUGUGCCAAUCAGAGGAUUGGUAACUGCAAUUUCGUCCACUCUAGCAACCGUCCCUGUGUAG